ACAGCUAGAGGAAGUUGUUCCAGAGGAGGAUGUGGUGGAGGCAGUGAUGGCAGUGAUAGAAAAGAUGGCUACAGAAGAAACAGAUGCUGAGGGAGAUAAUGAGGAAGAAGAUGGAGUUAUUUGCAUAGAUAGUGCACUUCUCUCUCCUGGAUCACCGAGUUUCAGAGUGUUGGAGAAGAACAGAAAAAUGGAGAUAGAUAACAAAGUGAUUGAGAAGUAAAAAGGUGACUUUCUGAAUUCUUAAAUUCAUUGAAAAAACAUACAGAUAUAUACUGGAACUCUAAGUAGUGGGAUUGUAACAUGAUACCCACGUACUAUACUCUAACUGAAAUUAUGGACAAAACUAACUCAACAAAUUAUCCUAAAAAACAGCAACUACCCCACUCUCUUAAGAAAAAUCAGGAAGACUU